AUGCCCCAAUCCAACAUGGCAGCCAUAGCAACCGCCCGUCAACAUUCCUCGCAGGGGGAUUCGGACCCUCCAUCCUCCCCUGCUGACACAGGCUGUGUGGAACAGAGAGAGUCCAGACUGAAAGCCACGCAGUUUCUCAGGGAAGCCAAAACCACCAGGAGGCUGGUUGACAAGUUGGAAAAAGACAGGUCGCUGAUUUUCCAGUGGAAGAAAAAUGGAUGGACCGACAUGGCAACAGAGCUGGACGAGUAUGAGAAAGCACUGGUUGAACAGAGAAGUGCAGAAAAAAUGCAACUGCGGAACCAGCUGGCCAAGAUUAAAGAUGGUGUCAGACAGUUUCAGCAACAACUGAUAGACAUGAAACCAAGUACAGAAUUGAUUGAGAAGCUGAAGGAAAUAAUGGCUGAGGUGGAAUGUUCAAUCAACAAUUUCAAGGAAAAGCAGCGCUUAUGCUUCGGAGAGUUGCUGAAGAAGGAGAGCAUGUGCGCACAGGAGAUGGAGGCCUAUGAGAGGAAGGUCGAAAGUUGGAGUCAGUCCAGCAAGUCAGACUCGAAAGUCUCUCCCGUUUCAUCUGUGAAGCAGAGCAAAGCCUUGGACCAAGACCUCCCCGCCGAGGUGCGAGCACUGGAAGCUUUCCUUCAAAGGACGGGAGGCGUCUGCGGCGGUUGGGAGGAAUUUGAUCACCAGGCCUUCCUCAAGGUGUGGACAAAGUGUGGUGGGCGGGCGGGCUUCAGGAAAGAGGCUAAACUGUAUCUACCCAGUAAAAGUCAGGAGGAAAUGGAGGAACAUGAACGCUGGUACCAGGAGCUGAUCCACCUGCAGGACGAGAGGAGAGAGGCCAUCCGAAGGUGGAAAAGCAGGAAGCAACUGGAACGCCAAAGGCACUUACACAAGCAGACGAAAGUGGUGGAAGCCGAGAAGAGGAAAAAAGACGCAAGUGAGGAGGAGAAGAAGUUGUUGGCUCAGCGACUGAAGGCGCGGAAAGAAGCCAAGAGAAGGAAAGAGGAGCAGGCGGAGAAGCAGAGACAAGCACGGGAGAGCCGCAAGAACAGAAUGGCCAAGCAGGAGCGUUCUGGUCAGCGGGAGGCCAAGAUGAGCCCCGGGGAGGAACUGCAAGUGGGGAGAGGAGAGGAAGAGGACCACAGGCGGACAAAGAGGAGAAAGCAGGCAACAAAAACCAUCAAAUACUUGAUGCAAAGGGAUCUCGCGCGAGUGCACGCCAAGCGCCAGGAGAAGCUUCUGAGGCAAAAAGAGGACGAAGAGCGUCAGGAGAGGAUCAUGGCUAAGCUCAAGGAGAAAGUGGACGGUCACAUAGUCAGAGACCCGUCGAGGUUGACACGGCCCACCAAGGGAUGGGAGGAGCGCCUGAAGAGCACGAGACCAUCAGGAGUAGGACAUAUAUUUCACAUGUCUCAGAGAGCUUUUCCCAUCUGGAGACUGGAGCUCUGAAGACUUGAAGCAUUCACACAGCUUUCACGAUGAUUAUUCCUACUUGUAUUCAGUCUUUAUUCCAAAAUGCUGCCUCGGUGUUUGUCUAAUUGACCUCAUUAAAGUGCAUUUUUUUUGUCCCACUGCUGUAUCAAAUUACCCAUUGCUGCUUCCAUUUAAUACUUAAAAAAUGAGUCUCAC